AAUUACAUAUUUGGCACGAUUACCGCCUCCUCCGUCCGCCCCAAAACUCGUUACGCGGCGGGGAGCGAAAAAUAAAAAUAAAAAAAAAUAAAAAUGAGUGAAGAAGGAAAGGGCAACGGUGGCACCGGUAACGUCCAGUACCAAAAUUACUACGGCACGUUUCAAGGCGUCGCCAAUUAUUACCCUCCUUACCAGCCGCCUCUGCCUCAUACGGCAAUCGGUUAUCCUCAGCCCAGUCGACCUCAUGGAUCCGUCCGCAGUACGCCGUUAUUUGCCGCUGGAUAUCAAACCAUUUCAGGUUAUGAUAUUACUGAGGGAACUCCUGUAAGAGAACGAUGCUUACCUUGCUGCGGUCUUGGAAUGGGCUGGUUCUUGUUUAUUGUUGGUUUCUUCUUUGGUGGCAUUCCCUGGUAUGUUGGAGCUUUUGUUGCACUAUGUGUACGAGUGGAUGAUCGGGAAAAACCUGGAUAUGUUGCAUGUGCAAUUGCUUAUCACCAGUACCAGGUUGUUGGCAGAGCUCUUCCAUCAGAGUCCGAUGAGCACCCUAAGAUUUACAGGAUGAGGUUGUGGGCCACCAAUGAGGUUCGGGCCAAGUCCAAGUUCUGGUACUUUCUAAGGAAGUUGAAGAAGGUGAAGAAGAGCAAUGGUCAAGUUCUCGCUAUUAACGAGAUCUUUGAAAAGAACCCAACCAAGAUCAAGAACUAUGGUAUUUGGUUGCGUUAUCAAAGCCGAACUGGUUACCACAACAUGUACAAGGAAUACCGUGACACCACUUUGAAUGGGGCUGUGGAGCAAAUGUACACUGAGAUGGCUUCUCGUCACAGGGUCAGGAGUCCUUGCAUUCAGAUUAUCAAGACUGCAACCAUUCCUGCUAAGCUAUGCAAGAGAGAGAGCACCAAGCAGUUCCACAACUCCAAAAUCAAGUUCCCCUUGGUGUUCAGGAAGGUUAGGCCACCAACUAGGAAGCUGAAAACUACAUACAAGGCAACAAGGCCCAACUUGUUUAUGUAACUCAAGUCAUUUGAUAAUUGAGUCAAGUACUAGUAAGAGGAUUUUUGGUAGUUAUCUUGUCAGUUAUUUUCUUCACUGCAUUCCUGUUUUUGUUGAGAGUAUUAGAUUAUAGGCUGAGUGAACCUUUUUUUCUUUUUUGCAUUUUGAAAUUUAUGUUUUGCUUAUCAUCUAUGGGAUGUUUUAGUUUAUCAGGCAUUUUGUCAUUAAAUUGAUUUUUGAAGACUUAGAUA